GUGAUCAGUUCAAAUCGAAGAACAAGUGUAGUGCAAUUUUGGGGUGAAGUGAUGAAACUUUGGAUAGCUCUUCUUGCCCUCGUGGCAGUAGUGCAUUCUAUGCCCGUGAAGAACUUCUUCUAUGGAACUAGUACCGAUGAGUACGUCUAUCGCUAUAUCCUAAAUGUGAGGACCGGUGUUGUGGAAUCUGAGAAGGGUUCCCAAUAUGAAGUAAUGGCUGAUUUACAUGUUCGACCAGAUCCCGCAGGAAAUGGCACAUUUGUGUAUCUGGUUGACCCUGAGGUCUACGUUUAUACUGGACCACUCGUCAUGAAGGGCCUAGUGCAUGAUGUUAAAUCUGCAGAAAGAACAUACGCUCCAAUCACCGAGGAGGCUAAAGUUAUCGAACUACCUUUCUAUGUGACCUAUGAUAAAUACGGAAUGGUCAACGAAGUGUUUACCGUCACUGAUGACUCACAGUGGAGCAUUAACAUUAAAAAGGGUAUUGCAUCUGCACUUCAGCUUCCGGUGGACAAGGUUCCAGUAAAAAAGUAUACCAAACCCGUUGUAUUUUCUUCCGUGGAGCAAAGUGUCUACGGAAAAGUGAAUGUGACUUACGAUGUGGAGUCAGUUCAAAAUUACAUUGUGGUGACCAAAACUCCGGAUUACACUAGCUUUGAUCACAUGCCAUAUGAAGUCUACGGCAAUCUUGAAGUAGAAAAAGUUUACAAAAACUACGCAGUCUGGAAUGCAACCUAUCCUGAAACGAAAUAUGUGGUAGUGAGCGACACAGAUGGCGUAAAAGUGAAGGAAGUACACACUGAUAGCGUCAAGACAGUACAACCCUCCAUUUCCGAAGGACAAAUACAGUAUGUUGCAACUAAGCAAUCUUUUGUAUUAACUAAGACUGUAGUUCCUUCAAAUCGAAUGAAGUUUUCUAAAUUUGUGAUCUACAAUUCACUAUAUUACGGUUCAUCCAAGAAAACAUUCGAAACAUACUUCCCAACCUUAUCCGUUGUACCGCACGUGGUCGACAUAUCCAUUUUAGGUCCGAAAGUUCAAGGCAUGCUCUUGGAAGCAGUUGAAUACCUUAACGAAAACCCAAUCACAAACGUUGAAACUGACACUAAACACGGUCUAACGGUUACCAGGAUCGUUGAAGUCUUCAAACCAUUCACCGUAGAAAACUACGAGCAAUUCUACACUUUGAUCACCAAAUCCACUACUCCUAAAGACGUUAUUUUGGUUGAUCUAUUCUACAAGAUCUUACCCCUGGUUGGAACCAAAUAUUCAGUGGUCUUUAUCAAGAACCUCGUCAAGAGCCACAAAGUAAAGGACUUUGUCUCGAGCACUAUGCUAUUCUCGCUAGGACUGAACGUGCGAGUUCCCACAGUAGAGCUGUUAAAGGAAAUCGAAGAGUUCUACCAAUUUGAAGACGAUGUCAAACCAGAAGUCUAUCAUGCUGCGGUGUUAACGUUCGGAUCUCUCGUCUAUAAAACAUUUAAACAGGAUACUCAAUCGCCCGUGUUGCAGCAGUACAUCAAAGUUUUCUACAAAAAGCUUCGUGAAGCUGAAACUUUCGAAGAUCAAUUGGUUUGGUUACAUGGUUUGAAAAACAUUGAAGUAGGGUCCGUCUACGAGCUGAUUGGUCCUAUUGUGAAAGGCGAACAGGUUCUCGAACUCGCAUACGAUCGUCAUCUGCGUGCUCACGCCAUCUAUUCUCUGGAGAAGCUUCUACAUUCUGACUAUGAUGCGUUGUUUGAAAUAGUUUACCCGGUAUUUGUAGACGUUGGUUUAUCUACCGAGCUAAGAGUCGCUGCUUUGAAAGUUUUACUGUCAACCGAAGAUGUUAAAUACUUUGUAAAGAUUUCAACAGUCAUGCAAACUGAAACGAACCCACAAGUCUACUCGUUCUUUAUUACCACUGUCCAACAUAUGGCUGAAUCAUCUCUUCUGGUCGACACUGAUUUCGGGCAAUACGUUAAGCAGGUGGUAAAAUUGUUUAAACAUGUUGACCCAUCCGUUGAAACAAAGGCUUUCUACUACGAUUACGUUGACCUGAAACAUUUCUUCGGUGCGUCAGUCUAUGGAAACCUGGUCGCUGAUGACAAGCACAACAAGGUCAACCAAUUCUACAUUAAUUUCAGUCCGUACGUUAUGGAACGACACGUUGAUCUGUACUCCGUAUAUGUGAAAUUCGAAGGUGUCGAAAACCCACUGACCAUGCUAUGGCCCAAACUGUUCAAUGUCGAACCCAAGACGGUUAAGGAACCAAUCAUCAAACAGUUCGAAAAAGAACCGGUCCAUGUAGAGUUCACCUUGAUGGCCAAUGGAAAGGUUGUUUACACCAAAUUUUUCGAUGAAGAAACAAUCAAAACCUUCUACAGCUAUACUUAUUUGACUGUUCUGACCACGAUGAAGUACCAGUUUACCACCGUUCUGAACCUAGCGGAUGUGGAAGUGUUUUCGCCGACCAUGGACGGUAUACAAACUAAAACCGACUUGGAACUGCCCUUGGUGUCACAGUUCAAAUAUGAUGUUGUGAUGCCUGUUGUCAAAAACGUCAGUGAAGUGACAUUCUCCAUUCACAGUUAUUUCCGUGUUUGGAUGCACGGUUUCUAUGGAAUUUCGGUGUAUAAUCCAUUUGCUUCGACGUGGCAAGGAACUCGCCGGGUGCAAGCAUUCGACUUUAAUGUACCGUUCAAUUUCGACGUAGUCUUCAACUUCCAACAAAACUCGUUCAAGAUCGUAUGGACCAAGAGCACUAAUGAAGUUCAGAACGUUGUUGGAUUCAAAACGCACGUCAAAACUCAAGUAUAUGCCCGGUCUGAUACUGAGCUUGAUUACCUGAGAGUAACAUGUCCAGAAUGCAAACACUUCCUAACGACAGUUGUUGCUCCAGUGUACAAGAAAAAGGAUGUUGUUUUGUACGAGAGUCACUCUAAGUACACUGGUUUGCACUUCUAUCUAUCUGUGUACGAUGUUGAACAAAUUCCUCAUGUUAAAUACUUCCAAUCUCUCUCCGAUGUUUUCGUAAGUGACGUCUUCUAUGAAGGUGCUAAAAUGCCAUUCUUCAAGUUUGUGAUGGCAUAUUACACGUGGUUCUACACCCAUUUCUUCCCGCCGCAGUAUUCGACAUAUGGAGUGGUUGGUUAUAUCAACCCAUGUAAGGUCUAUCCGGCCGACAAGCUCGAAGUCACAUUCAAGGUAAAUACCGAAGUUGUUCAACAUGAUUCCUGGACGACUCCAAACUACCAACAAUACGUGAAACUGGUGGCUGUCUUCAAAAACGACCAUGACGUCGAACUCAACCACUGGGAUAUCAAUGUGCAUUUCACUCACGAAUAUGGCCUGUAUUUCAAGAAGUUAAACGUUCAGGUUACCCGCAAAACCCCAGGAGAGAAGAACAUGAAUGUUUGCCUUGAUUAUGUAAAAAAUAUUGGAACAGACUUGGUCGAGGGCAAGAUGAUUUUCUAUCAUGGUUACUCGUUCGAUCAUAAGUGCGUCAAAGACGAAAUGGUGAUUUCGGUUGGAUGGACUGGAAGUCUCUCGGAAACUCAGAAAAACUUCUCCAAGAGUCCUUACUACUCGUACAAGGAAUGUGCGAAACAUUACGUUCAGGUUUACACACCAUCGGUACAAAAUACCAUCCCGAUUCCAGUAACAUACGAAUGUGCUAAAGCUCAUACCACUGUUCGGAAGUACGUGUACGACAUAGACUACCAGCAUGUGCUGCCGGUGUACGUUGAACUGUUUAGCCCAGUUUGGUUCUGGAUACAACAAGUGUUCCCAGUUUACCAUGACAUCGUGCCGCAGCAUCACGUUCCAGAAGGCGGUUUCGUUGUGGAUGUUGAAUACCCUUUGUGGUGGGUUGAGUACCCGAUAGUCGAUGUUGCCGUCACCACACCGGUGGAAAGUUAUAUUUUCAAACACGUUCCGUAUUACGAGUGGAUCUGGUGGUUCCAACCAGACAGCGUUGUCUUCAGCGAAUACCUCAAUUUAAUGAAAACCACCGGCUACACUACUGAAUGCGUGAUCAAUCCUGUGUUCAACUACACUGGGUACCACUACAACGUCAGCAAAACAUCGGUUUACAAUGAGUGGACUCUUUACGGUGCUGAUCAUCCAAAGAACCACAGUUGGGCUGUGUAUGUCCAAAAAACGGACAUAAGCUUGGUUGCUCUUAAAUUCGUACUUAAUGGUCACGUUGUUGUGGUGCAACCAGUUGUCGACAAGACGGAAGAAUCAUCGGUUGUUGUGGACUAUACAUUCACCGUAGAUAGUGCCAUCAUAGAAGUUAUGAAGCAUGGUGCUGUUCCAGGGGUGCAUCCUAUCAGGUAUUUCCAAGUGACAGAUACGGUUGUAUUUGUGAUUCCAACCGUGUCAGUUUAUGUUGUGUAUGAUGGACAUCAAGUAGUAGUAGAAACGGUCAAAAACGAUACAGUGCAGUACUAUGGUCAGUGCUAUGGCUGAUGGACAAACCUAAUUCGCAGAAAUAAAAUGUUUUGUUUUGCAUAUUUUUAAUGAA